AUCGAUAGAAAUCUGUGUUCAGUACCACUGCAAAACUACAAAAAUCCAGGGGGAAAGCUGUCAACGAUCAUCCUGCCAAGAUCAAAACCCCCCUUUUCUCCACUACUUCAACAACUUUUCUACACCGCCACCUGCUGCAUCUCCUCCAAUAUGACUUGAUAAUACAACAUGGGAGCCUCGUUGUCCAAUUUGACCGAGUGGGGUCCCAUCGCCGGCGACGGACCGGGACUCGGGGACAUACCCGAGAGCUGCGUGGCGUGUGUUUUUUUGUAUCUUACGCCACCGGAGAUAUGUAAUCUAGCACGCCUCAACCGAGCGUUCCGUGACGCGGCGUCUUCGGACGCCGUGUGGGAAUCGAAACUUCCACAUAACUACCACGAUCUUCUGGACCUAUUGCCUCCGGAGAUGUAUCAAAACCUGUGUAAAAAAGACGUAUUUGCUCUCCUUUCUCGUCCUGUGCCGUUCGAUGAUGGCAAUAAGGAAGUAUGGUUGGAUAAGGUUACUGGAAGAGUUUGCUUGUCGAUAUCCACCAAGUCAAUGUCAAUAACUGGAAUAGAAGACCGGAGAUACUGGAAUUGGGUUUCUACCGAAGAAUCUAGGUUCAAUAUUGUGGCUUAUUUGCAGCAAAUAUGGUGGUUUGAGGUGGAUGGCUGUGUGAAGUUCCCUCUUCCAGCAGAUAUCUAUACAUUGUCAUUUAGAAUACACCUGGGAAGAUUCUCCAAAAGGCUUGGUCGACGUGUUUGCUAUUUUGAACACACCCAUGGUUGGGAUAUAAAACCGGUAAGGUUUGAUUUGUCCACGUCAGAUGGUCAAGAAGCAUCUACUGUAUGUUUUUUAGAUGAUUGUGCUGAAGAUGAGGCAAAUGGAUGUCAAAAACGGGGUUGCUGGAUAGAUUACAAGGUAGGGGAGUUCAUUGUAAACGAGUCCAAUCCUGCCACUGAAGUUCGAUUCUCAAUGAAGCAGAUAGACUGCACUCAUUCAAAAGGUGGCAUUUGUGUAGAUGCAGUAUCUAUAAUCCCCAGCGAUCUUAAAGCGGGUAAAAGGAGAAUGGUGUUGAAGUAAGUUGUGGCAUAUGUUGUGUGUAGCUUUUUCAGUGAUCCCUACAUGUUUUAGUUAGGA